AUGCGAAAGAGAAAUAUAUACUGCGUUGUUGUGGCGGCAUGGCUGGAAACAUUAGUAUUUGCUGUGGCCAACACAAACGACCAGGUUGGUGUGAAUAUUGAUUACGGCACCUUUGACAACCCAUCUGCUAGAGUCCGCCCCCGAUUCCGAUAUUGGCUUCCAGAUGCAAGUGUGAACAAAGCCAUCGUCCAGGAUGAUAUCGUUUCGGCUGGCUCCAUCGGUGCCGGUGGUGUUGAGUUUCUUCCCUUCUAUAAUUAUGGAGGACAAAUCGGACCAACUGAUCCUCGGUGGGCAACCACUGGAUUUGGAACAGAGGCUUUCAAUGACAUGUUCCUCGCAGCGCUCGAGGCGCAUAAAGCGAGCGGACUGGUGAUGGAUUUUGCCCUUGGUCCGAAUCAAGGCCAGGGCGUGCCGGCAGAAGCGGACAAUGAGGGACUGCAGUGGGAUUUGUCACCGUUUUCGGUAGAGGUCGCUACGAACAGAUCAUUCCAGGGCGUGAUACCUGGCUGGGGAACUGGGAAAUUAAUUGCCGUUAUUUCAGCAGAAGUUCUGUCCACUAGGACUGUGCCUUUACCUAGCACAACUGGCCCUCUUCCCGGAACUCAAACAUCAUACCAACAGCUGACUUUGAAACAUGGUACAUUGGAGGAUCACGUCUCCCAGGUUUCGUCAACAGGCCAUGCAAGUAUCAACCUGCCCAUGACCCCACGGAACUCUACAUAUCGACUGUUUGCCUUCUAUCAGUACCAGACCUUGCAUGAAAAUCUCCAAUUCAACAGCACAGCUUCCAGUACAAUAUUUGAUAAUGGCUCGUAUAUCGUUGACCACUACAGUAGCCGGGGUGCCGAGGUGAUCACGCAGUUCUGGGAGAAAUAUAUCCUUACACCAGAGAUCAAGAAGCUGCUGCAUGAAGUUGGCAAUUAUGCCUGGGAGGAUAGCAUUGAGGCAAGAUCAAAUAUCUCAUGGACGCCAUCAUUGCCCUCGUUAUUUGAGAAAAAAUUCGGAUAUUCCUUGAAGACUGCCCUCCCUUUGGUUAUGUUUGGAAAUAAUAAUCCAGGGAUUCAGGCAGGAAACCCAGGAGAAUUUCAGUGCCUAUUAGACACACCCGACAGGGGCCAAGGAUAUGUGAAUGAUUAUCGAGAAGCCCUGGGUAUUGGGUAUCGCCAAUAUCUGCAAACACUAACCUCCUGGACGAAUUCCCAUCUGAAGCUGCAAAUGUCUAGUCAAGUUGCAUAUAACCUUCCCGUGGAUAUCGAAUCCGCUGUCCCGUUAGUAAAUGCACCCGAAUGCGAAAGCCUUGGUUUUCUAGACAGUGUCGAUGCAUACCGUCAGUAUUCUGGACCUGCAGUUCUUUCCGGGAAGAGAGUGAUCUCGAAUGAGAUGGGUGCUGUUUUAAGUGAAGCUUACCAGUAUACUAUAGCGCACCUUCUGUGGUCCAUCCAUCGUGCUGUGGCUGGAGGUUUGAAUCAGUUCGUUUUGCAUGGCCAAGACUACACAGGUAACUAUUCAGGGACUACGUGGCCGGGAUACACCGCAUUUGCAUAUCUAUUUUCUGAGCAAUACUCAAACAAACAACCUGCCUGGGAUCAUGGAUUCUCUGCGGCCCUUGAUUAUAUUGCGAGGGUGCAAUAUACUCAGCAGAUCGGCAAGCUUCGCACUGAUGUUGCAGUCUAUAACAAAAUGUCGACGACAGAUCGCAAGUAUCCAGUCAUAUACCCUGAUCGUGACCUUCUUGAACGCGGGUACACUUAUAGCUACCUUUCACCCGACAAUUUUGCUCUGCCCCAGGCAAAAGUGAUGAAUGGGAUGCUGGCACCUGAAGGACCAUCGUACAAGGCUCUAGUCAUUCCCCACAUUUCUAACGUGUCACACAGUGGUAUUCUCAAAGUCCUAAAAUAUGCUCGACAAGGGCUACCAGUGAUUCUGAGUGGAGGGGAUCCGGGGUACUAUGCCUCUCAUAUGGCAGGGACUACAAAAAAAACGAAGGAUGCAAUAUCUGCCCUGAAACGGAACAAAAACGUCCAUAGUGUCCCUGCGGGUGGCGUAGCCGACAAAUUCGUAUCUUUAGGGAUUCUCCCAAACGUCCAGGUGAAGGCAAAUGGGACUUGGUACGCGACCUGGCGCGAUGACGAGGUUAAUAAUGUGUCAUACUGUUUUAUAUUCAAUGACGCCAACGAUUUCACUGUGGGCACAAUUGACGUCGACACAAUUGACACCCCUUAUGCCCUGAAUCCUUGGACUGGCAAACAGAAACCUCUACUGGUGUAUCAGAAAUCCGGAAACCGCACGACCAUCCCAAUUCGUCUUGCGGCUAAUCAGACAGCUAUGUUUGCCUUCAGCAACAGAUCCCGACGACCCGUUCCAGGUGUUCACGCCACGCAGGCCCCCUCUACCGUCAUCGGCUAUGGGAUCAACAGUAGCGAUAACACUGCUGAAAUUCAUGUUUCAUCCGGGGAUUGGGAUUCUAACCUCACCAUUUCCGAUGGAAGAGUACUUAAAUCUCUCCCCGGUACUCCCCCGCAUCCAGAAAUCAAGUUUUCGCAGUGGACACUUGUUCUCGAGCACUGGGAGGCACCUGCGAACCUCUCUGAUGCUUCCACUAUUGCCGUAAAGCGUAACACUACUCACAAACUUGACUCCCUGGUUUCAUGGACCGAGAUCCCUGCUAUUGCUAAUGUCUCGGGCAUUGGUUAUUACAGGAGUAGCUUCCAUUGGCCUCCGCUAGCCUCUAUUUUAUCCUCUGAUGGGGCAUAUAUCCGUUUACCCAAGAUACAGCACGCAGCGCGAGUGUAUAUUAAUGGGGAGAGGAUCGAACCACUCGAUCUUGCAGCUCCACAGGCCGACAUUAGCAGAAACACUUGGCCCAAGCCGGAAUCACAGACGGAACUUAUUGGAGCUGCUGCUUCUCCGUUUGCCCAGUUGAAGCAAAAUCAGUCAUCUUCUGCUCCCCGCGGCGGGUCGGUUUCGCAACAAAAAUCAACAUUCCCGGAUGGAAGAGAGUCGUUCGGAUCGUUUGGGGUAGCUUCCGGUUUUAAUGGAACUACAAUUGACACGAGUAGGGAUCCUCGGAAGCAGCAUUUCUCUAACCCGAUAAAUAAGACCACUGGAUCUGGGGUGAACGUUGAAGACGCUAGUCUGCUACUUAGUUACAAUGAUCGCUAUGAACAGCUCAAACUCGACCGCGCUAAGGAAAGAGAGAAGGCGAUCAAAGCAGGACAAAUGGCGGACCCCAAUCAGCCGAUUUCUUUGAAUCAAGCCAUUACGCCCGUUGGGACUUGUACUAGUAUGUGUCCGGAGUUUGAGCGAGUGGAACGUAUCGUCCAAAAAAUGGUUGAUAAAAGCGAGAAGUUUCUUCACCCGUCGACAAAUUCUUUACAAAAUAUGGAAAUGAAGAUGCUCAAGCGCUUUAGGAGAUCGGCUGCAGGGUACGAUGAGCAGCUUCCAUCCGAUAUCCGGACCCCAAAGACUCUACUCCAGACUAUGAAUUAUCUAGUGCGGCAUGUUCUAGGGGGAACUGAGCCUCUGGGACUAAUCCAUAAAUUCGUUUGGGAUCGAACCCGAUCGAUACGCAAUGAUUUCUCAGUCCAGCAACUCACACAAGAAGAAGAUGUCAAAAUAGCGGUUACAUGUCUCGAAAGGAUUGCUCGCUUUCACAUAGUAUCGCUGCACCUACUUUCCAGCCCUGCCAACCAAGAACCCUUCGACCGCCAUCAGGAACGAGAACAGCUAAACAACACCAUGUUAUCGCUCAUGUACUACUAUGACGACAACCGGGACCGAGUUCAUUUUCCGAACGAGGAUGAGUUCCGAGCAUACUAUAUUAUCUUUUCCAUUCAUGACCAACGCCCAGACUUGGAAGCUCGCGUUCAGAAAUGGCCUGCGGAACUGCGGAAUUCCCCCCGAGUCCAAAUGGCAUUGGAGCUUCUCGCGGCUGCCGGCAACACUUGGGAAUACCAGGGUACCUUGGACGCGAAAAGGCCUAAUGCUAUUGCUCAGGGAUUCUACACCCGCUUCUUCAACUUGGUCGACUCUCCUGGGGUAUCGUAUCUGAUGGCCUGUGUUGCCGAAAUCUAUUUCAACCAUGUGCGCCAAACUGCCAUUCGUUCGAUAUGGAAAGGGUACUGUCGUUAUCCAUCUUCUCAGCAGCAUAAAAAUGAAGAAUGGACAGUGAGCGAGUUGACAACCGUCCUGUGCUUUGACAAUGAGGACCAAACAAUCGAAUUCUGCGAAGAACAGGACCUGGGAUUCGCCGAGAAUGCUCAGGGCCACCGUUAUCUCAACUGGGGUAGUCGUCCCGUUGAUUCAGUUGCUUUCCAGCCAUCGUCGGACCACUCAUUCUCGGAAAGAUAUGUCGAAUCAAAGCGUGCGGGCAGAACCCUGGUUGCGAUCAUCCUUGGUCUUAAUAUAAAGGAGGCUGCGACUUUAGGAAUGAUUGAAACCUACCUGUUACCGCAACGCAUACAGCCAGGGACUGCAAAUGAUGAUUCUCUAUUUGUGAGCGAUGACGACAACAAAGUCCUACCUUCCAGCCCCCAGCCAAAUGCACUUCUCGCCAAUGGCCCUGCUACCAGUGACUCUCCGGUGUCUGCCUCUAGCCUUGACAAUUCCUUCAAUGAGUCGUCUGAAACACCGGCCAGAGACGAAAUGAGCAUAGUCACACAGGCGCCGAAAACAUCUCAGCCUGGCGAAUCGAACCUGUUUUCCUCGAUAUUUUCUACAGCCACACCAAAAAGCGUGUUUCCGACGCCUGCGGCUCCUAGUCCAUUCUCGGGUUUGACUUCAGUAUUUACGAAGCCGUCUGAGACAAAAUCAGGGAGCUUUUCAUUCUCUGCCCCUCAAACCUCUCAACAACCCGCUCCCAUAUUUCCUGCAGGGCAAACUCCUUCCACACUACUAAAAGACGCAAACAAGGCUCCACUAUUUCCUUCUGUGGCGCCAUCCUUUGGAACCCAGAACCCUUUUAGCUUAGAUAAAACAGCAUUCAAUUCGCCAUUUAACAAUACAACGGCCCCUGACAACACAACCAAACCACUUUUGAGUGUUACUGCUGGCCAGUCUCCUUCUGGAACUUUCGACGGAACCAAAAUAUCUACGGCCCCUUCGAGAAAUACCUCCACUUUCAACUUUCCCAGCCAGGCUACAGGCUUUGGUGGUAUGGGCGCUCAGCAGCAUCAGCCAACUCCUUUGGCAUUCUCGCUGAGCAAUUUAGGAAACACGCCAGCAGCCUUGUCUAGGCUACCUAGUUCAUCUGCUCCAACGGAAGAUGAAGGGAAACCGGCUUUUUCGUUUAGUCCGGCAGCAACUACAUUGUCUAAUUUGACACCCAAAACGCCUGCUGCUGCCUCGCCUAGUGUUUCAGAAGCAAAGCCUUUGGAAAAUAAGCAUAUCGAUUCAGAUACCCAUAAAGUCGCGGAUACGCCAGCUCUAACUCAAGAGCAUGCUUCGUCUCUCAAUCAUAAUAUUAUUCAACGGCCUGAAUCCUCUUCACUGUCAGGCAGCACGAGCGUGAAGGCCUCCGAUGUGUCUGUAGCAUCUCAACCUUCUACCGACUCUACAAGUGUAGAUGAGUCUUUCGCUUCUCUUACGGAACAGACCACCAGCGAGGACUUACCUUCAACCGAUGUAAAUGAUCAGCGUGUUCAAUGGAUAGAGGCAUUGAAAGAGGUAGCCGAGAAGCGACGACGAACGUCUUCUAUGAGUCGUAAACGAGCACACGAUGACCCAGAAGAAGAACAGUCAGCAGAAAACGGCUCCAAGCCACCCAAAGCCUCGAAACCAGAAGUGCCUACUGCACGUCCCAAGUCCAUGGCUCUCUUCUCUACCAAACCUUUACCGAAACUUCCCAUAUUGGAACAUAUUGAGGCCUUGGUUUCCCGGAAACACUCGGCAGAACAAUUUGAGUCACCAAAACCAACCCAAGUUGACGAGGAUGAGAUACUCCUGUCCGCAGCACGUAUCGCCGCCGAGACUUUAAGAAGUGGGCCCAAACUUUUAGACAGCUGGUCUGUACCUUCUGAGCCCCGGCACUCUUUUAGUCCGCAUAGCAGCUUUUCGUCAUCACUUUCUUUCUCACAAAGCCAGUCUCCUCAGUCGUCUCAUGUCAAUGGGUAUGAUGUGGCAUUGGCUCCCGAUACGGACUUUGGGUUAGGCCGUACCAUGUCACGAACCGAGCAAAGGAUCCGGUCAACCGGAGGGAGGGGUUUAGCAUAUAAACCCUUGGACUUUACGCCUGAGAAGAAGCGAAAGUCCAAAUAA